UUUUUUUUUAAAAAAAAAAACACUGCAACUGGAACAGUUUCUGAUCUCAAAAGGCAAGCCUCUUCCUGUGUGAUCUUUAUAAUUUACACUCUUUUCCGUGAGCUUUCUUACCUCCCUUUUUUUAAUAACUCUCCAUAUUCUCUAUUCAUACAUAUAUCCAUUAUAUUAGUAGUGGAAUAAUUUUUUAUUUUUAUUUAUUUAUUUUUUUUUUUUGGCUUUAGUACUUGCACCCUCACACACACUCUCCCGAGAACCAGAAGUCGGUUGGGUGUUUAUAUAAUGAAGAAUUAUGGGGCUGUUUGAUCGAGGUGUUCAAAUGCUUUUAACCACCGUUGGUGCUUUCGCUGCCUUCAGCCUGAUGACCAUAGCUGUGGGAACCGACUAUUGGCUCUACUCCAGAGGGGUUUGCAAGACCAAAAGUGUCAGUGAGAAUGAAACCAGCAAAAAGAACGAGGAAGUUAUGACCCAUUCCGGAUUAUGGAGAACCUGCUGCCUAGAAGGGAAUUUCAAAGGUCUGUGCAAGCAAAUCGACCACUUCCCAGAGGAUGCAGAUUACGAAGCUGACACAGCAGAAUAUUUCCUCCGGGCCGUGAGGGCCUCAAGCAUUUUCCCGAUCCUGAGUGUGAUUCUGCUUUUCAUGGGUGGCCUCUGCAUCGCAGCCAGCGAGUUCUACAAAACUCGACACAACAUCAUCCUGAGUGCCGGCAUCUUCUUCGUGUCUGCAGGUCUCAGUAACAUCAUUGGCAUCAUAGUGUACAUAUCUGCCAAUGCCGGAGACCCCUCCAAGAGCGACUCCAAAAAGAAUAGUUAUUCAUACGGCUGGUCCUUCUACUUCGGGGCCCUGUCCUUCAUCAUCGCCGAGAUGGUCGGGGUGCUGGCGGUGCACAUGUUUAUCGACCGGCACAAACAGCUGCGGGCCACGGCCCGCGCCACGGACUACCUCCAGGCCUCUGCCAUCACCCGCAUCCCCAGCUACCGCUACCGCUACCAGCGCCGCAGCCGCUCCAGCUCGCGCUCCACGGAGCCCUCACACUCCAGGGACGCCUCCCCCGUGGGUAUCAAGGGCUUCAACACCCUGCCGUCCACGGAGAUCUCCAUGUACACGCUCAGCAGGGAUCCCCUGAAGGCCGCCACCACGCCCACCGCCACCUACAACUCCGACAGGGAUAACAGCUUCCUCCAGGUUCACAACUGUAUCCAGAAGGAGAACAAGGACUCUCUCCACUCCAACACAGCCAACCGCCGGACCACCCCCGUAUGAAAACCGCGGGGCCUCGCCAGCGCCGGGGCCGAGCCGGGAGGAGGGCGCGGUCCCCGGGGGCGGGGCGGGGCGGGGGGACCCAGACCAUCCGCGGGGAGACCUCCCAAAAGCGAAAGAAAAAAAAACAAAAAAACAAACAAAACACACACACACACACACACACACACCACAAAAAAAGAGAAAAACAUAACAAGUAAAUUUUAAAAAAACAAAAUAUAAGAGGAACAAAGAAGCAAAACAACAGGAAAUGUGGGAAAACAUAAACGAAGGAAGAAAAACAAACUCUAAAAAAAAGCGAGAGGGAUAAAAAAUUAAAAAUAGAAAAUAAAUCUAAAAGAAAAUGCAUGAUUUCCCAUGUACCAUUAUUUUAACAUUUAAUAAAAAUCAAUUUAAAUGAAAAAAUAAAAGGGAACCAAGAUAACAUUAAAGCAAAAAAAAUAUGUGAACAGAAAGGAAAGGGGAUGUCCUUUGUAUUUUUCAGGGUUUAUGUUAUGUUAUUUUUUUUUUUUUUUAACGCCGGGAGAGUUACUUUUCUGUUCCCUUUAACCCCCAGCGGGCCCUGCCUCCCUGGGAGAGUGGGGGGUGAGACUCAGGGGCCCCAGGGCCAGGUGAGCCUGCAGUCACUGCCAGGUCCCUGGAGCCCCUGGGUGGGUGCCCCAGGAACGCUGGGAAGGCUCAGGGCUCGAGCCGGCUCCGCCCAGCAUUGAUGGGGCAAUUGUAGGCCUCCAGGUGACCGAGCCCUUGUCCCUCCUCUCCGUUAGGGUGCCUGGAGGGGGGUACACUUGGGGCUUGCCUGGCCCCAGGUUCCCAGUCCUUAAUGGUCCUUAACCCACUGUGAUGACUUCCUAGGCCUUGAGGAAAGGGAAGGAGAGGGGAGGCUGCCGGUGGCUUACCAAGAUGCCGGAAACCCCGGAGUCCUCAGGGUGAGCCUCUUGGGGUCAUGUCCCCAAGCUCCUAUCCUUGGGGUCAGGAGACUCCCAACCCCCGGGGGACAUGAAACAGCUCUCCCUCCUCACCCCUCACCUCAGGACCACCUGAUGACCUUGGGGUGAUGGUGGACCCCCAGACUCAUAAGCCCCCCAGUUCCCUGGGAAGGGGGUUCAUUGACCCUUUGGGGGUCCUUGGACUCACUGAUGCCCUCUUGGGGCCCAGCGGGUUCAACAACGACACUGCAAAAAGGUUUCUUUUUACAAAAGAAAAAGGAAAAACAAGUGGUGAUUUUUUUUAAUAAAAAAACCACAGACUAUAAAUAAAUGUAAAUAUAAAAUAAGUGGAUUUACUUGCAAGAAAAUCAGAUAGUAUUUUUCUUUUAAUUCUUUUCCAGCUUUAAACUGUGAAAACAAAAAAUGGGGUGGGGUGGGGGACUUAAAAUUUAGCAGGGAACUUGUAAAGACAAAAAAACAAAACGAAUAUACAAAUCCAUUUACAAAAACAAAGCAAAACCGUUGUGAGAGGUGAGAGCUGGGCUUGAAGGUUGGAGGGAGUAGGGGAAGGUCCUAGUGAGCUGCAGGAGGUCUCUGUGAUGGAAAGGUGGCUUCCUGAGACCAGGAAGGUGCUGUGAAUGGGGGAAGACAGAAUCCAACAAAGAAAGAGACCACACGCCCCACGCGCACGCAUGCAUGCACGCAUGCAUGCACGUUCACACACAUACACAGUCCACUUAGCCCAGCACCGCAGUCACUCACAGGGACACACUCAGUCUCAACCCUUCCAUCCUAUACAUAGCUAGGGGCGUGGCUCAAAGGAAAUUGACUCAUGCCCUCCACAGCCAUGGACCACAACAACUCCACAUUGGCCUUUGCGUUCAUUCACGCCCUUCCAACACAGCACACACAUGAACACACACAUGCACGCAUACACACACACACACCCACACACACAC